UAAAACAAAACAACAACAAAAAUGGCAUUCAGUCAAUAGCAACUCAAAAUGACUUAAAAGUAGAGGAAGAAGCAGGGAGAAUGACUCCCAGAUGGACCAAACGUGCACCACUGCAUCCCCGUGUUCAGCGCCCACGUCCCCCGCAGCUGCCAUGCCCCAGAGAAAGUCUGAAAGGGAUACUGAAGGAGAGAAGGGCACGGUGAAGGGGGAGCCACAGAGAAGAUCUGCAAGGUUGUCUGCUAAACCUGCUCCUCCAAAGCCAGAGCCCAGGCCUAAAAAGGGCCCUACAAAGAAGGGGGAGAAGGCCCCCAAGGGGAAGAAAGAGAAAGUCGAUGCUGGUAAGGACACAAAUAAUCCUUCAGAAAAUGGAGAUGCCAAAACAGACCAGGCACAAAAAGCUGGAGGCGCUGGAGACGCCAAGUGAAAUGUGUGCAUUUUUGAUAACUGUGUACGUCUGGUGACUGCACAGUUUGAAAUACUAUUUUUUAAUCAAGUUUUAUAAAAAUGCAGAAUUUUGUUUUACUUUUUUUUUUAAGCUCUGUUGUUAGCACACAGAAUACUUCAUUGUUUUGAGAGGAAGGAACAUGUGUCACUAGCAAAAUGUCUCCCAAGCUGGAUUGAUGAUGGUCGAUGUUGGAAAACAUCUUUCCCUGAUACUUUUGAAAGACUCCUCUGGGCUCUCAGGGGAGAUGUCCUGGUAUUGACAUAUGUGACCACCGUGGCACAAAAUGCCAUGUGUGGGAAACUCUAAAUUCAUUUUUAUAGCCUCCUCCCCCGGCACCAUCAAAUCGACUUAACUCCCUUCAAACCAGAGACCUGUUGGAACCUGUCCCCCCAAAAUUGGUUUUGCCAAUCUAUUAUUGGGCAAUCUGGACUUGGCAGUGGUAUCACUGAGUGUCCUCAAA